AUGACAGGAAAGGUCUCAACACAGGAAGUUGCCCAGCACAAUAAGCGAGACGAUACGUGGAUCGUCGUUGAUGGCGAGGUGUACGACAUGACGGAAUUCGCCCCGGAGCAUCCCGGCGGGCCAGAGAUUAUACACAAAUUUGCUGGAAUGGACGCUACAGAGGAGUAUAGCAGAGUGCACUCGCCUUCAUUAAUCAAGGAGACUCUGGGAGCAAAAGGCCAUGUUGGAUCGUUGGACACAUCGACGAUAACAGAAGACUGGAAAGCCGCCAAUCAGGCUACAAAGCAGCCUGCUUCGACUGCACCGUCCGAGAAGCCAGCUCUUGACGAGAUUUUCAACAUGGAUGAUUUCGAAAAGGCGGCACAUGCGACGCUGUCGGACAAGUCGUGGGCCUACAUCAAAGGAGCCUCUAAUGACAACAUCACAAGAGACGCCAACAGCUCCCUGCUUCGACAGAUCUGGCUGCGCCCCAAAGUUUUGCGCAAUGUAGUCAGCGUGACGACACGGACAAAUCUCUUCGGAUGCGACCUUGAAAUGCCCGUCUUCAUCUCGCCUACUGGAGCUGCGCGAGCCGGUGGUGCUGAGGGUGAGCUGACUUUGGCUCGAGGCGCUGGUAAGACCGGCAUUGUGCAUUGCUUUGCGACACCAUCAUCAUAUACCCACCUGGAAAUCCUGCAGGAGACAAAACACCAGGCAUUCUUCCAGCUGUACGUCAACAAAGAUCGAUCAAAAUCUGAGACCGAUAUCCGCACAAUCGAGGCUACCGGCAAAGUAAAGGCCAUUCUCGUGACUGUAGACGUCCCCGUCAUUCCUAAGCGGGAAGAUGACGAGCGUGUAAAGUCAAAGGAGCAGUUGCAAGUAGCUGGAAUUGGUUUAACUCCCGAAAUUUUGGCUGGCGACAAUAAAGGCGCCGGCAUGGCACGUCAAGUCUCGUCGUUUAUCGAUCCGACGUUUAGCUGGGACGAUUUGAAAUGGCUGCGAAGCAUCACUGAGUUGCCAAUUGUCGUCAAGGGCAUCCAAACCGCAGCGGACGCCAUCAUGGCCGCGAAAAUGGGGGUUCAAGGCAUCGUGAUAAGUAACCAUGGCGGUCGUGCUGUUGACACUGCGCCCCCGACCAUUCUUGUCUUGCUGGAGUUGCAGAAGAAUUGUCCAGAGAUAUUCAGCCAGCUUGAAGUUUUGAUUGACGGCGGGUUUCGACGAGGCUCGGAUAUUGUCAAGGCUAUUUGUCUAGGCGCAUCUGCUGUUGGGUUGGGCAGACCAUUCCUCUACUCUUUGGGCUACGGCCAAGAAGGAGUAGAGCGUGUGGCAUGGAUUCUCAAAGACGAAAUUGAAUCCGCUAUGCGCCUAUGUGGUAUGACGGAUUUGAUGAGAGAUGCGCAUCCAGACUUUGUGAAUACUAGCACCCUGGACUUGAUGGUGCCUGGUCUCAAGCAUCCCUAUGCACGCAAGGUGAACAAGUCAAAUGGAUGGCUAAGCUCAUUGAGGUCUAAGUUGUAA